AGAAGACGUAAGAGGAGGAAAGGGCUAGGACAUGGCGAGGAACUGCACUGGCCCGUCAGAUAGAGACCGGUGAUUCCCUCCCUCCCCAUCCCCCCUCCCCUCCCUUUCCCCAGAUUCACACCCCAUCCUUCCCUACCCCACCCCCAUUCCCACACACACGCACACACACGCUUGCGCGCACACACACAGACACGCCACAUACACACAUACACACACACAAACACACACAACCGAGAGGCCUUAUUCACCACCUCAGCAUCAAGCCCCCCCAUACCCGAACCCCUCCUCCCAAACAAGCAUCUAGCAAACUCUCCCUCAUCCACCUCCCACCCCUGCCCCCCCACCCCUACCCUCACCCCCACCCCCGCCGCCCCCGGGCCCCGAUGGACUGAAUGAAGGCUGCUUGUACCGCCUAUCGAUGCCUCACCAAAGAUCUAGAAGGCUGCGCCAUGAACCCAGAGAUGACAAUGGAAAGUAUCGGCAGUUUGCACGGGGCAGCCGGCGGCAGCAGCGGUGGCGGCGGCGGCGGCGGGGCCCCGGCCCAUGAACAGGAGCUGCUAGCCAGCCCCAGCCCUCACCACACGAGCCGGGGCGCAGGCUCGCUGCGGGUCCAGCCUCCUCACCAGGACCUGGGCACCUCGUCCUCUCGGUCAGCGAUGGUGACCAGCAUGGCUUCCAUCCUGGACGGGGGGGACUACCGUCCGGAGCUGUCCAUCCCGCUACACCACGCCAUGAGCAUGUCCUGCGACUCGUCCCCUCCGGGCAUGGGCAUGAGCAACACCUACACCACGUUGACGCCACUCCAGCCCCUGCCGCCCAUCUCGACCGUCUCGGACAAGUUCCAUCACCCACAUCCCCACCACCACCCGCACCACCACCCACACCACCACCACCACCACCACCAGCGCCUGUCGGGCAAUGUCAGCGGGAGCUUCACCCUCAUGCGGGACGAGCGGGGACUACCAGCCAUGAACAACCUCUACAGCCCCUACAAGGAAAUGUCCGGCAUGGGGCAGAGCCUGUCUCCCCUCGCAGCCACCCCUUUGGGAAACGGCCUGGGCACUAUCCACAACUCCCAGCAGGGCCUACACAACUAUGGGCCCCCGGGGCACGACAAGAUGCUCAGUCCCAACUUCGAAGCCCACCACACUGCCAUGCUAGCCCGAGGGGAUCAGCAUCUCUCCCGGGGACUAGGUACCCCACCCGCUGCCAUGAUGUCGCACCUAAAUGGGAUGCAUCACCCGGGCCACGCGCAGUCCCAUGGGCCGGUGCUGGCCCCGAGCCGGGAGAGACCCCCCUCCUCCUCCGGCUCGCAAGUGACCAACUCGGGGCAGCUGGAAGAAAUCAACACCAAAGAAGUGGCCCAGAGGAUCACUGCUGAGCUGAAGCGUUACAGCAUCCCCCAGGCGAUCUUUGCCCAGAGGGUGCUGUGCCGUUCUCAGGGGACCCUUUCUGACCUGCUUAGGAACCCCAAACCUUGGAGUAAACUGAAAUCUGGCAGGGAGACCUUCAGGAGGAUGUGGAAAUGGCUACAGGAACCAGAGUUCCAGCGGAUGUCCGCCUUACGCCUGGCAGCAUGCAAACGCAAAGAGCAAGAACCAAACAAAGACAGGAACAAUUCCCAGAAGAAAUCCCGCCUGGUUUUCACCGACCUCCAACGCCGAACACUCUUCGCCAUCUUCAAGGAAAACAAGCGCCCAUCCAAAGAGAUGCAGAUUACCAUUUCCCAGCAGCUGGGGCUGGAACUCACCACAGUCAGUAACUUCUUCAUGAAUGCCCGACGUCGCAGCUUGGAGAAAUGGCAGGACGAUUUGAGUACGGGGGGAUCCUCAUCAACCUCUAGCACUUGUACCAAAGCAUGACUGAGGGAAAUCUAAAUUGGGCACAAGUCAACUCUAAAAGGAAAAAACAACAACAACAAAAGGAAAAAGACACAGGAUUCUUAGCUGGGGCCCUUCACUGGUGAUUUGAAAGCACAAUUCUCUCUCUCUCAAAAAAAAAAAAAGAAAUGUCUAUUCUAGCUGUAAUCAUAGGACAUGUGUUCUUUUCUUAUGGCUAUGGAGUCUAAGUGCAAGCUAAAAAUUAGUCUCUUCCACAAAAAUACUAUUCUCUAAGCAUGCUAAGCAUACCAGAAACCCAAAUGGGUCUCUCCAAAAAGCCAGUUAAUUCCAAUGUGGUUUCAUCCACGCUUAGGAUUGUUUUAAAAAGAAAGUAAUCCAACACAGAGUCUUACUAGCCUCUUGCUGACAGAGUUCCUAUGAAUAGCAGUGGGAAUUUGGCCUGUGUGAGGAAUUCCAAGCCUGGGAUCCCCAGAUGCUUCAGUUAAGAGAAGAUCCUAGGAAUCUUUAUGGCCUCAUUUGCUUUCCAAAUGCUUAGCCUCCUCUCACUACAAUAUACCAAAGUUCACAGCCAUAACUAGAGAAACCUAAAAAUGAUAAUUACUGAGCACAAACCUUAAAUGUGGAAAUAAAAUCCAAGAACCUGUUUUUCCAACUCAGGCAUCUUUUCACCAAAUGGUUUAGGAGCUUUUAGGUCGAUCCAGUUGACAGUCUUCUUGCCCUUACCUCCAGAAAGUCUCAUAUGGUUAUGGAUCGGUUAAAACAAAAUCCAUUCACUUGAGCUCAAAGUAUCAAGCACAAAGAUGAUAACUAUAGAAAUAAGCAAGGUUCUGGAUUCACUGCAUCCGUAUUGUCAAGACAUUGAUUCUGAAGUCAUUAGCGGAUAGCAAGGAAACAACGAUGACUUCAAGCACAUUUUGCAGUUUGCCACCAAUUCUGUGUUUGUACAUGAUGCAGACACUCACUCAGGAGGCCAAUUUAACUGCUAUGGUACAUGGAGCAAAUGCAACAUAUUAAAAGAUCUAGAUUUUUUUAGAUCAUUAGUAUAUCCUCCUUGUUUAUUGGCCAUCUAGUCCCCCUUACUGUGCAUUGUUUCCACAACAUCCAUCUCAUUAUUACUAUUUCCAAUUUUGUUGCUAUGUCAUACAUUCCUUUGGUGGGGUCCCUCAAUGUUUGCUGGCAAUGGGGGAAAUCCCAACAACCAACCAACAUGUCAUCUCAAAACUAUCGUUCGUAACUUUUCAUCCGAAUCCCAAGCCUCUUUCAUUAUUAAGUCAUCCCUGUAUAACGACUGAUUAAAUCUGGAGAAAACACAGCACACCAAAGAAGCAGAAUCCUGCAAACCAAAGACGUUUCUUACUUGCCAUUUUCUAGCCUAAAAAUACUGUGAUUACUUUUAGAAAUCAGAAUGCCUCUGCAACUCCAAAUGGCACUCAGCUCUUGCAUUUGGCUGGCCCUUUGGGUGAGCAGUACGGCAAUACCGAGAACAUUAGCCAAGUCAAUCGGGGAGGGUUAACCACACUGGCUGUCCUUGGUGGUGACCAGCUUCCAAAUGAGGCCUACAGUCCUUCUCCUGGAGAUUGUGAUGGUCACAAUGUGCAUAUUUACCAGUGAAUGGCCCCUGGAGAGCACCAUUGGAGUGUUCAAAAGCAAGCCAAACACUGCAAUGAUUCUUUAAAGACACUUGAGACUUUUUUAUGUAUUACUUAAUCGAAACCAAAGAAACUUUUCUGCACCUACUUCUGCAACAAACAAAAAACUGUUCCAUUAAAGAUGAAUAACUAAGUAAACAAAUGAAUAAUAAAUGAAAAACAAGAAGAAGAAGGAAAAAACAGUGCUGUGCGACACAUUGUGUCUGGACAGACCUCUUGGGACAUUUUUCGGAAGCAGAUUUCAAAGAAAGGGUUGAAACAAGAAUGGAAAUAAAGAAAAGCCUCCAUUGGCUGCUGCUUCAUUUGACAACUCACUUGGUAAUCUUAAAGUUGAAGAUUGUCUUUAAUUUGUGCCUAUGCAGUUUUUCAAAAGAACAAGGAACAGAGCAACGGAAACCUCAACAGCUACAAUACCAAAGAUGAGGAUUUCUCACACCUUUUGUUUCAGUUCAUUAUCUCUUCUUGCACGGCUAAAAUGCUAAUAGCAUCAUUGAUUUGUGUAAAGGUAAUCAAUUCUGUUUCUUUGAGUAACAAAAGAAAAGGGUCAUUUAUUUUAUUUUCUUUCUUUUUUCUUUUUUCUUUUUUCGCUUUUAUAAUCUCUACCCCAGCAUGGAAUCUUUCCAAAGGUACCACAGACUCCAAGUGUAAAAUGUUGGGAUACUUAACUAAUUUCUCUUCUCCAUCCAGGGAAUGUGGGAGAAGAGAUUGUCACUUGAAUGUUCUUUGCUUGACCACCUAGAAUUUGUUCCUAGUAUCAGAGCCUUAUCAUCAGGGGAAUGAAGGGGGACGCUUGUGCUGGGCAAAUUUUUUCCCCUUCCACAAUACCAAAGAGUUUGCCAUCAUGAUAGCUUUGUCUCCAUGUAGUUGCUACAUCUGAACAGGGCUCAUUUCAGAAAACAUGUAAAAAUUAUUGUGAUUUCUACUUUUCUAUUAGCUUUUAAAAUCAUCUAUAAAGCUGCAUUUCUAAGAGGAAAUAUAUAUUCCUAUAUAUGUAUUAAAGUAUAUAUGUUUUAUAUAUGUGUUAUUUAGAUAACACAUAUAUACAUAUGUACAGGAUGUCCCAAAAGUCUUAGAGCAGUUUUCAGCUUUAAGAGUUUUAAACUGCACAAAGACUUUUGGACCACCCUGUAUAUAUACGUACACGCAUAUAUGUAUACACGACUAACGAUAUCCAUGAGAUCCAGAAAAUAUUGCUGUCAAAAAGUGACGUUGUUAUUGUUGUAUGUUCUAUUUGUUAAGUAUAUACUUCAGAAUUGUAGUCAUUUUCCAUGCCAUUCCAAAGGCAAAGAACCACUGUAGAUGUAUGGUAUCUAGACUGAGAUGAAAGGUCCAGACAGAAUUUAGAUUUGUGAUCAUGUUCUGGAAUGAUAUCCACUAAAUAUGAAAUUAUUCUGCAACAAACUCACUCUUUGCCAUUGGAGUGAGUAAGACCUUCUAAGCCUCCACCCCAACCCAGCUAUUGCGUUACAAAUCCUAGGUCCUGCUCAGGAUUGAACUAAUGCAAUAGGAAGCCCAUCUUAUGUAACUGCCAGGAAAUAUUCAACAGAGAAUUCCAUCUUGUCACCUUAUAGAGAAUCCCCUUCACAAAAGAGAAUAUAUCCCAUCGUUGUUUUUCCUCAAGGGGAUUCCGUGGACCAGUAGACCACUCCAACAUAUGUGGGUUUUAGAAAUACAGAUGUGACUUCUUUUAGGGAAAAGUCCAAACCUGCUUUGACAAGCAAAUCAGAUACUUCAGGAGGUGGUGAUUAUAGAACUGAAUCGGAAGCCUGGCUACAACCACAGCCAAUUGUGAGGAAAGGGGAAGAAAGGUGAUGAUGUUUUCCACAAUGGGGGAGGGAAAGAGAAAGUUUAGAGAAGUAUGUGUGUCUGGAAUGUCUUCUUCCUGCCCAGGAUAUCUUCCCCUACUUUCCAUCUAUGAAGGUCCUUUUCAACUUGAGGGGCUUCACAUGUGGAGUGGAAGUCAUAGCCUAGCAAGGCUGUCUUCCAGCUUCCUUUUUAAAAAUGUUUUCAUUGCCUAAAUGGAUAUUCCUUUAUUUUUCCUUUGAAUUCAAUAAUUCUACUUUAUUCAAAAGCAUUUUAACUAAUUUUUUUCAAUUAACAAGCCUUUAUUUUCUCUCCAUUCUCCCCUUUCCCCUCCUCAGUUGAAAAAAAAAAGCCAACAAAGCCCAUAACAAAUAUAUAAAAUCAAACAAAAAAACUCCUAUUUUGGCCAUGUCCAAAAAUAUCAACAAACAUUUAUUAAAUAUCUGCCAUGGGCAAGAUAUUUUGCAAAUAUCAUUUCAUUUCUUCUCCAACCCUGCCACUGUACUAACCACAACCAAAAAAAGUAUUCCAGGCAAGAAAAUAUUCAGCAUGUAGGAUGAUAAGAGCAAGUUUUCCUCAAGUCAUGUUCCCCCCACAAAUCCCUAGGUAGUCUUUGUUCCAAGACUGGCUUAAAGGACCCUUGCUUCUUAAAAUUGAGAAGUCUUGAUUUUCAGAUACCUGAACCCCAUGAAGGAUUGUUGACUUCAGAUUAUGUCCAGAUUGAAGGAAACUAUUUUUUGGACCAACUUGUCAGCAAAAGAGAGAAUCUUACCUGAGGGCUCCAGUUUCACAAAUCUCCAAUUUCUCUUGUGUUUGGGAAAAGGUUACACUAUGUAAAGAAAUAAAGAAUGCCCCGCCCCCAGCUAUUUUUAACAAAAUCUUGCACAAUAUGAGAUUUUUGCUCUUAAAAAAGAACAUAGACAGAUAGUUCUCAAAAUUCCAAGUCCCAUUAUAUCAGAAGAUUCUAGAUUUAGAGGUCAUCUGGUUCAACUCUUUCAAGUCAUAGAUAAGAAACUAAGGCCCAGAGAUUGGUUGGUUUGACCCUGGUCAAAUAGGCAGUAAGUAAAUGAUAGAUCUAGGAUUGGAACUCAGGUCAGGCCACUCCAAAUCAACAUACCAGGUGUGUGGAAAUCUUUCACACCAUUGACUGGACUCUAAAAUAUAGUCUAUAGCCUAAAGCCCCAAAGAAAAAUACAAAACCAAAAACAAAUAUUUACAGCUUGCAAAAGUGAUGGGAUCAAAUUGAGUCAAAUUUCUCAUAUUUUUUAAUUUGAUGAUGCCUGAGAAAAAUAAACUAAUAAUCACACCUGUUUUCCAUUUAGUGCUCAUCCCUUUGAUCAUAGAAAAAUCACUAAUGCAACACAAAAGCAGAAGGACAGCAUAAAGCAGGGAUUUCACACCAAAUUUCACCCUCUGGUAUUACAUGGAGUGUGUAGAUUAUCAGCUGUGGAUUGGGUUUAAAAAAAGCAUGCCCUGAGGCUACAAAUAUUGCAAUUUAGAAGUCAGUAAAUAAUGGGGGGGGGAUAUCUCUGAUAUAAAAAAAUGUCCCAAAGUAAAUAAUCCCUGAAUUUGGGGGAGGGGGUGUUAUUUGGUUUGUGCUGUUAUAGAAAGUAUUGGUAAUUAUCAUUAAAUAUACACCCACUGCACAAUGCAAGGAUGACGAUGAAACCAUUCUGUCAUCCUCCUGAUUUUCUGCAUGGGUCCUUGAAACUGAGUGACUAGCAGUGGAGUAGAAGUUGUGACCUACAGAUACAUCCUUUUAGAUUAUAUUUUCAAAAUUCCUCCUGGCAUAUAUGGAUUUUCCUUGAUUUUCUUCUCCUCAUAGUGCAAUUAAUUGAACUAUGGGGCUUUGCCCUAUCAUUUAAUUUCCUUCCUGGUAUUUCCCCCCACUUUGCUACAAAUGUGUACUUAGGAAAUGCAAGCUAACUUUCACUUAAACAAAGGAAAACAUAAGAAAGAAGAUAAAUCUUUUGUGUGUCUCUUUUUAUUAUCAUUAAAAUCAAACAGUGAUUUCCAGAGCUAAAUUAAAUGCCACUUGGAUUCUCUAUUUUUCCCUCCCUCCAAUCAGUGUAGGUAUCAGAAAGCUGACUAUCAAAAUCAUCAUGGGAAUCCUGAAAACAAUGUACCACUUUAGACAGUCCGAGCGAGUUGCAUUGCAGUGGGGCUUGAUUUAGAUUAUGUCAUCAAAGGCAUAACAGCUUGUACCUAUGUUCAAUUCUUAUUUUCAGAAGGUUGUGCUUAUUUUGUUUUUUUAUAUAUCUACCACUGGAAAGCUUAUAAAAUUUUAAAAAAGAUGAGUCCUAAAGACAUCUGGGAACAAUGAGACAUGAGAAAAGAAAGUGGCCCAUAUAUACAGCAUUCUUGCAGAUAACCACUAAGGUUUGAAGCAGAGACAAUAGAUUUAUUUUGACCUUUUGUAUGGUCUAAGCUUCAUCACUUUGAUGGAGAAGGAAAUCUAGUGGACUUCCAGCAAUAGGGCAUUUAUCUGCAAGGAUAGAAAAGUGUGUCGUUAGGCUUUCAGUCUAUAAUGAAGUCUCUUCAAGAACAGAUCAUUGUGGUUAUAGACAAUAACUUAAAGAAACAGGUUCUCAGAGGUGGAUGAGAUCUUGGCGGAAGUCUAAGUCCAACUUUGACCUUAAGCUUGAAGUUCUCUCCCUUGGCACAGGAAUCCUUGAUAAAUGAAGAAGGGACUGUCCCAUGUUGUCUGGUAAAUCCCAUGCAUUUGGGACCUCAGACAAAAGCAUGUAUGUUCUUAUCAUGCUAAAUUGCCACCACCAAUUUCUAUUCCUCUCUGGGGAGAGCACUUUCUUUUUUUUUCUUUUUUCUUUUUCAGGAAGCCCUUGGGCAUCCAUUCAGGAUGCUUUGGAAAGAAUAAUACUGAAUCACAAUCAGCAGUACAAUCAUGCUGAGGCUCAUGUUAGUGGACAAAAAAUAACUUACAUAAAGGUUGCUGCUUCGCAUGACCUGAAUCCUAGGGGGGAGCCAUAGUUCCAUGGGGCAUGAAACUCCUCCCCCUUCUCAGACCCUAGAACUUCUACCUUUCACAAACAGAAGCAGGUUAAGUCAAGAAUCUCAGAUUUCCUUCCAGCUUUUCAAGAUGAGUCCAUUGAAACUAACCAGUUAGUGUCUUUCUGUGAAGGAAAAAUGGUUCUUAGAUGUCUCUGCAAGAUUGGAUUUCUUGCUUUCUUGGUCAUUCACAUCAUCAAACUCUUCCACUCCAUCCUGUCUUGCAAUAGGAUUCAUUCCAUAGCACUGAUUUUGAUAAAUGGGUGUCCUCUUAAACUUACACAGUGUGUAUGCUUGAAUAUGCAGACAACAUAUAGUAGGAAUAUAUUGUUGUAUUUGUCCAUUGAAUAAGUACCUUCAUGGCACCUUCAUGGCAGCAACACCUUGUCACAUUAAAGUAUCAGCACUGCAUGUCUCUUGGUAUAUACCUACAUGCACAAUAUGUAUUGUGUGACAUUGACCCUGAAAAUGGUAUUUCAUGUGUCUACGGUACAUCUACCAUGUACAUCAUUUCAUUUCUUUAUCGUAACAUUGAAAACCAAAGUGCAAAAAAACAAAACAAACCCAAACGCCAAAUCCCAGCAUCUUUUGUGUGUAUCCUUGGAGAUGCUUUCAUUUGGGCACAUCUAAGAUGAAUUCAACUUGCAAGAAACCUUGAAUAUUGUUUAAUCAUCUGUGAAGGAAUGAAGAAUGUGCUUGAUUAUUUCGGUUGAAUAGCUUUAUUCUGGAUCUUUCUUAACUAAGGCUAAUUCCAAAGACCCAGGAAAGGAUGAAACCAGCAAAGCAAAGCUCAAACCUAGCUAGAGAAAGAAGGCUCUCAUUUCAGAGGGUCAGGACAACAAUGACAUAGCUCUGGGGAGGUUGUGCUAGCUAUGGGGAAGAGGGAGGGGGGGAGGGAAUUGGUAAAAUUUUUUCUUGCUUGUCACGAUAUCUUAAGUAUUUUUAAAGGAAGUGAGAAAGCUUUAUAGGUUACACUUGCUGACUUUACAUUAAUUAAGAAGGUCUGAAGGUGUUGUAAAGUUUUGUUUAAAAACUGAAACUGAAAAAGAGCUUCAAGGUUUUCUUUUAUUUACAUGACAUACUUGGGUAUGACCCCAUAGGCUAACAACCAAUAAUGUAAUUAAUUUAUUUAAAUUAGUUUCUAGGCCAAAAAUGUAUAGAACUUUUUUCUUAAUUAUUUAAUUCAUCCUUAAUUAGUUUUGAUUUUAUAUGUUGUACUUAUUUAUCAAAAUCUAGAAGGGUAGCGAGUGCAUCAGAGAUGCAGAAUUUUAAAUGAGAACACUGAAGGUUAGUUUGCUUUAUAAAGCAGCCAAAUUCUGUUACAGACAAGAAAGAAAUACAGGUUACAAUUUUUUAUUAUAAGCAUGUGAGGGGUUUUUCUCCCUUUAAUUAAUUUUCUGUUAAUUGUUUAAAUACCAAUAAUUAAAUUAUUUAACUUGAGCUCGCAACCCCACCUGAUCCAAUGGCGAGCUUCACCUUUUAAUUAUUGUGGCCCAUGAAGCCUUCAUAAUGUAACUUAUUUAUUUAACUUAUUCCAUGCCUGCUGCAGGUGCACUUGUAUAGUUUAUAUUUUUUAUUUAAGACAACAGAAAGCACUACAUUUUCUUUGCUGUCAGAACAACAGAGCGAAUUUCAUGGACAAGCAAUGACUCUUCAACCUGAACCCGUGCAUUCAGAAACAAAAGCCAGGACCUGACUUCACUGGCCUGGACUUUGGGGCUUCUACAACAUAAACUAGGGGUGGGGUGGGAAGGGGUGGGAGGGGGAGGGAGGGAAUCCAAAACAAAACCAAAAAAUCAUGACAAGCAAAAAGAGAGAAACCCUUCCACUAGCUGCUUCCAAGAAUGAACUCUGUGUGUGUGUGUAAAACCACCAACAACCAAAAAACCAAAAAACAACAACAAAAAAACAACAAAAAAAGAGGAAAAAUGAGAAAACAAAAGAAAAAAAAAACUUUCUAUUUCUAGUGAGAACCAAAGAAGGCUACCUCACUGACUUUUUUCCAUUUGUAAUUUUAAUCGUGUUGAUGAUACCAAAGAUACCAAAGAUUUCUUUCUCUGUGCGGUCUGCAUUUUGCUCAUGCUCUUUUAUAGUUUGAACUCUUCUCUCUGAAGUAUGGUGUGUACAGCCACAGCUCAGAUACCCCAAAGAAAUAAAUACUUAGGCAAUGGUGGCUGCUGACUCAGGAAGGAAUGUUUUCUGUGUUUCUCUCAUUUGUUUGCUGCCCAUCAAGAAAUGUGGUCCAAGUGUUCAAGACACAACUUCAGAUGACACUACAAUUGGAUUCAAAUGAGCUUCUGGAAAAAAUUUGGAUCAAAAUUAACAAGGUGGGGGUAGAAGAUGACUGGUUGGGAAUGGACAUCUGUUCCACUUCCAUCGUCCCCACUGCUGCCUCAAUUAUGUGGGUACAGACUUUUAAAUCAUAAUCCCUUGGAAAACUGAACCACAAAAUAUUAGAGCUAGAAGGGGCUUUGAGCACAUCUAGGCCAAUUUGCUCAUUUUAUGGACAAUACAAAGAGACCCAGAGGAGAGAAGUGACCUGCAUACUUGGUGUCACAAAUAGUUUAAUGGCAGGAUUUCACAUAUACUUUUGGGUUCCUCUUGUCUCCUCUUACACUUGUCCCUACAUUCUGUAUAAACCAAAAAUAAGAUGAGUGAAUAGCUAUGAAAAUUGGUAGGCAGAAAUCACUCAGCAUCAAGAAUGGGUUAGUAUUACUCAUUUAACCUGUUCAUCCUGCAAAAAAACAAACAAACAAACAAAAAAACUGUGGACAUAUUCUGGUAAUCGCCAUGCUGUAGGCAAGCAGAAUUAAAUGUUUUAGAAAGGUUUUGCCAUGACACUAGUGUUCUCACUUUACAAAGCCAAACUUUUUGGGGGGGCUGGGUAGCUCAGUGGAUUGAGAGCCAGGCCCAGAGAUGGGAAGUCCUGGGUUCAAAUGUGACUUCAGACACUUCCCAGCUGUGUGAUCUUGGGCAAGUCACUUGACUCCCAUUGCCUAGCCCUUACCACUCUUCUGCCUUGGAGCCAAUCCACAGUAUUGAUUCCAAGAUGGAAGGUAAGGGUUAAAAAAAAAAGUUUAAAAAAAGCCAAACUUUGGUCUUAAUUAGGCUGCCUGCAUUGGUUGAACUACUUGGAUAACUGCCACAUCUCUGUUCCACCUUGUGUUGAGUGAGUAUGAUCUGUAGCCCCACAGGGAAAAGGAGAAGGCAAGGAACAGUAUUAGGCCUAUUCCCUGUUAAUGGGCUUUUUGCAGUUGUUCAAUAUUUAAGAUAAAAUAAAUUUGGUUGACACUAUGGAAAAAUUCAUUCCAUUCUUACAUGCAUUGUUCUUACACACUUCUCCCCAGUGCACUUCAUGACUGGCCCAGCCCCAUAUUUUUCACGUGUGCAUGAGACAAACUCACGUCCAUGGAUAUGCUAAGAGGAGCUCUAGGUACAUAAAGAGUUAAAAUUUCAGAAUAGCAUGUGUGCCAACUUAAGAAAUGAUUACUUAACAGUUGACUCUGUCUUCCUUGCUAAAUUAAUUAGUCUUCUUUUGGUUUCUUUUCAUCUCCAUUAAAUGAUUAAAUUGCUAUUAAGCUCCAUUCAUCAAAGUGGACUUGUGUGGAAGCCAGUGAAAGUCACUCAUAGCUUUCAACCAAAUAGAUUUUAGACACGUUCAGAAAUGGUUCUAGUCCAUAAGGCUCUGUACUGAGUAAUAGCAUGAUGCCCUUUCACAAAACGCAGAGUCUUUGAGCUCUUAGCUGGGACGUUUGGUCAGAGAAGCUAGGAGAGAAAGGACCUGGCAGAUCGCUUGCCAGUCUCGUCCCACCCCACCACACACACAUCCAGGCACGAUGGAGACCUGGCGGACAUUCAGGUCAAUUACACCAUCGUCUGCAGAGGCCACCGUUGAGUCCAAUGUACCCACGUUGUUUUUGUUGCUUCUAGGCACUGUCCUGAUAACCUUGCAAGUUCUUCUCCUCCCCAUCUUUAUCUAGGAUGGGUCUCCCAUUCGAAAUUCCCAUCCGAAAUCAGGCAAUCCUGAACCAGAUGGCAAGACCUUAUGAACAUGGCAAAGAUGCUUUGAUUCUCUUCUCCUUUCUUCAUGGAACUGAAAUCAACGGGAUGCCAGCCAGGCAUGGAGAUGACCUAAUUUAUUGAAUUAGGUGAGUCUCUUUCCCCCAUCCAAACGUCCUCCCAUCCAGUCACCUGGGAAAAUCCAUGGAGAAUGAUGGCAGCCUGAACACAGAAAACAUCCUCGAUUGUCAGAAUCCUCCACAGCAAUUCCUUAUCAGUCUCAUGCUUCACUUGCAGAGUGUGACAUAACCACGGGACGAGUGCCUUGCUUGAACCAAAGCAACGAUUUAGCCAGUCUGGACCUCUCUCUGUGCUUUUUUUAAUCCUUCCUGUGAAUACCUCAGCUUCAACUGGGCCUCCAUACUGUACCUGGUGGACUUAUUGUACUGUGGUGCUUUGUAUUGCAACCCUGCAAAGAACAAGACUUGUAAUAAUACCAAAGGUUCUUUCUCUAUCUUUCCUCCUUCUGUCCCCCCUUGUUCUUCCACCCUUUUCUAGUUCUUCAUGGUUCCAAAGCUUUAAUAUAAAACUGGGCAUGUUGGCAAUGCAGACCGCACAAUUCCUUACCGAAUUUUCUCAGAUAUACCUCAUAGAUAAUAGUGUUUAGAGUAAUGUUAUAUAGCGUAUGUAAUAAAUUAUUCAGUUUCUUUUGGUAACUGUGAUUUAAAAAAAAGAAAAAUGCUUUAUAUGUUUUAGGUUGUGCUUUUGUAAUAGACAAAAAAAAAAGGUGCGCUUAAAAAAAAUGUACAUCCUUUCUCCCCGCCCCCCCCCUUUGGAUUUUAUUUAUUCUGGAUUGGGGAAAGUUGCAGAAUGAGCCCAAAGUUUACAGUUUCAUAUUUUGCUGAAGAAACAAUCUGUGUUCAUUUGCUGUCUUGAAAAAAAUUAUUUUCUACAUUUGUGCUAUUUGGUCUGAACAAUUAAUUGUCCUGUGUUAACAGUGUAGUAUUAUAAUUAGCAACUGCCAAUCAGUGCUAUAAUUUUAUGCAUGAGGCUAAAAACUUAGCAGUGUGAUGCAUUGUGGUUCUUAAUAGCAGGAUUCUUCAUUUGCAACUAGACCUUUCCCUUUGGUUUUAAUGGACUUUAUUUAUGCAUGGGAGCCUGUCGUUUGUUAGCGAUUGUGGAACAGUUGUGUAUACAUUAAACUGUGAAUAUGUGCACAGUUCAGCCUCAGACAGUGGUGAUAUUGGUUUAUGCUGGGAGAUGUCUCACUUCUAAAAUAUCUUUAGUAUAGGCCUGCAUUUCAAAAGAAGACCAAUUGAAUAAGCUCCAAAAUUUACAAUGGGAAACAUGUUUCAAAGUUGGAGUCAAUCAAGUUGCAUCACCCAACUAGUGCUCCUUGUCACCCAUAUGCACCCAAAGGAUUCAGGGAGUGGUUUGAAAACAUGCAUCAAAAAAGCAGGGUUCCUCCCAUACACAUACCAAAAUCUUGCAUACAUUGAAUAUGGAGAUCCCAAUUAAUCCAAAUGUUUGCCCCAACUACAGUCCUUUCUCUCAUUUUUGCUGAGAAUGGCCAAUGACCACAUGGGCUUGGUUUUGUCUUGUCUUUUGUAUUCAGGUCUGCUUUCGGCAUGAACACACGUGGCUUAGGGAUUAACAAUCCUCUUCCAACUAUGCCACCUCUCAUGCCUGACAACGCCGCACAGUCCCAAUGAUACAGUCCAAAGAAUGUGGUUACCCCUCUCGACGAAGCCUUCCUAUGCAAUUGAAUUUCAGUUCUCCCUAGAGUCUCAUGUACCUCACCUGGGUUGACCUAACUCUUAAUUGAGGUAGUGCAGACACUGGCUUCCUCUUACCAUUCCGUUGCCAUCUAAUUUUGAAGGGGGUCUGUAUUAGGAUGUGUUUUGAACCCAGUUCAGGACAACUAUUGUGACCCCCAAUUCCCUGAUUCUUUGAGGCCCCCAUCUCAAAAAUCCUUUUUUGUUGCCGUUGUUGCACUUGAGUUGACAGAUUUAUUCCUUUUUUUUUAAUAUUUGGACUUUGAUGACCCUGGGCAAGUCACUUAACCCCCAUUGCCUAGUCCUUACCACUCUUCUGCCUUGGAACCAAUACAUAGCAUUGACUCCAAGAUGGAAGGUAAGGGUUAAAAAAAAAAAAACUGGACUUUGAGACCCAUGUGCAAAUUUCACACCAACUUCCCGAACAAACCAUGCUCCAUCUGAGGGCAAGUCAACAAGUCAACACCUUUCCUGGUGCAUAGGAGAGUUGAGCUUCCAAGCCAGUGGUGUCAAGGGGCAGUCUGCUAUGCAAGACAUUCAAGGUCACCCCCAGUAGAGUGUCUAUAUUGUCUAGUCAUUGAGAAUAUAUUGGAAAUGUGCUUUCAUUAGUGCAAAGAAACAUAUUUUUAUUUGGCCUUAUAAAGUAGAUUGUGAUAAUGAAAGCUUUGUAAUAUAGUCUGUUUAUUUUUUCCCUUAUUUAUCUGCCAAAGAUGGUAAUGGAUACAAAAAAUUUAAAUAGGUUUUUGUAAGACAGUUAAUGAUUGUAAUAGUGUUAAUCUUCCAGAAAGCUUUAUAUGUUCUUCCGCAAUAAGCCAAAUCAAUAUUUGUUUCAGCAAAGUUUUCCUCACGCUCGCAGAUCCACAAACUGUUCCAACCAAGAAACAGAUGUAAUAUCUACAGAGUUCAAAAGCAUUUUCAAUCCAAAGAAAACCAAAGGGUAUGUGAGACGAUGAGCGUACCCAGCCCUGUUUAGCGCAGGCCACGCAAGAGCCCGCUUGCCAAGCUUUGCCAAGAAUUGUCUUAUGAAAUUUGAGGUUUAUUUUGUUAUGCCAUGUUAUGUCUUUUUUUUUAAACUUUGUGGAAGGUGAUAUGUUGAAUCGAGUGUAAGCUAAGUUUUCCAGACAAUUAAAGUAGCUACAUCAUGAAUGUUAUUUUAUUAUUAAAGGGUUUUUACUCAA